AUGCGCGCGUUCACCGUCUCUCGACCGCGCGCGACGCCGCGCGCGCGUUCACACGGACGCCCGCGCGCACGAAUUCCUUUGCUGACUCGGACACACUGGAACGAAAUUCAUCCACGAAUCGCUCCGACGCGAGGCGUCCAUGGACGCGCGCGCGUCGUCCUUCGCGCCAGAACGGCCGCACACCAAGCACCUCCGCGUCCAACGUCGCACGCGCACACGUGGGAGACGUACGGCGCCGUGGUCGGCGCCGUGGUCCCGCCCGGCGCGGUGGUCUUCGUGUUGGGCGCGCUCACGGUUUCGUUGUUCGGAUUGUUGGUAAGUUGCCUGUUGACGUUCAGGGAGCUCGUAAGAGUGUGCCGAGAGGUGACGAUCGCGUCGAGAUCGGUGCGGAACUGCGCGAACGCGAUCGAGAACUCGUGCGCGAGCGUCGAUCGGUGCACGCGGAACAUCGACGGAACGUGCGAAAAGGUGGAUGAUUUCUUAGAGCAGGCGAACACGAUCGGGACGACGACGUCGAACAUCUUGACCGAGGCUGGGUUGUUGCAACGACGGGUGACGGAGUUACCGACGACGAUUUUGGGGGCGCUGGCGGACGCGGAUGAGCCACCACCGCCGAGGAGCGUUCUGGCGAGUCGUACGAUGCGAGACGGACGACAGAUGGACGUCGCCGAGUUGGCGCGUAGGGACAUCGUGCUCGGGAAAGAGAUCACGGGAAGGCGAUUAGGAAACGGUUGGAUCGGGAGCACAAUGCAUAGAUUCUUUUUCUCUCGCGAUAAUAAGUUCGAUGUCGGGGAGUACGUGGCGGUGAAGCGGUCAAAUAACACGUACACGUGGGGUGUGGUCGAGAUGACGGACGAGGACUCUCAAGACGAAGGCGACGGCACCGGCGUGGACGGGACCGAACUGGUUCGAGACAGCGUGUUAGGGCCAGACGUCCCUGCUGACGUGGCGGCGUGCGACUGGCCGCCGAGAGAUUUUCCCGCCGAGGAGCAGGCAAAGGCAAUCGAAGAGGCGAACAAAAUCACCCUCAGCAAGGUGUUCAAGGCGGUCAUCCGAAUGCCUCUACCGAAGAAUUUGGGCGACCCCGAGCGACAGUACCGCGUCGUCGUCGAGCUCGAUCGAGACUUGUAUAGGUUCAAGUACGUCGACGCGUCGCUGAUAGGGAAACGUUAUUAG